GUCACUCUCUGUCUGUCUCUGUCUCUGGUUGGAACGUUCGAAUGGACGAAAUCGGUAGAAUUACUGGCGGCUUCAUCGAUGAAGAAGAAGAAGUUCAAGAACAAGAAGGAGAAGAGGGGAGCAGAAGCAGCGUGUUUUUACGGCUAAAACUCUACUGCGUAGAGCUUUUGGAGCUGGUUGAAAAACCCAAGAAGCACUCCUCUGCGAUCCCCGCUAUGCUUCAGUUCCUUGGCAGCUCUCCGUCCUCCGCUCUCCAGCCCUUCUUCGACUACACCUUGUUCCCGUUGUUGCUUCUAUUGGAUGCAGCAAUUGAUUGCAGAUCCCCACAGAAGGUUGAUACUGAUGUGAUGCCCGGUGUCCAGAAGAUGCCUCAUAAAGUGAGUGAUUACGUGGCAGAAGGUGUACUUCAAUGUUUGGAAGAACUUCUGAAGAAAUGCCAUUUUAGAUCCGUGAAUCAGAUGGUUGUGGUGCUAAAAAAAUUGACUUACGGUGCUUUGCUUCCUCUCUCUGAGGCUUCAGAAGAGUUCCGUGAAGGAGUAAUCAAGUGUUUUAGGGCUUUGCUUUUGAGUUUGCUCCCAUGCUCUGAUAAGUCUUGCUCAUGUAAACAAAUUCUUGGUUUGCCUACACUUUUAGAAAGUGGAUCUGUGGAAAUUUCACUUUGUACAUCUUCGAAAUAUUAUUCCGAAUCACAAGAAUGUAUGCUUGCAUUUCUUCAGUCUCAACCUGCUUCUGCUGCUGUUGGACACUGGCUAUCGCUUCUUCUCCAAGCUGCAGAAACUGAGGUUGCACGAGGACAUCGGGGCAGUGCAAAACUUCGCAUUGAAGCCUUUACAACCCUACGUGUGCUUGUUGCUAAGGCGGGUAGUGCAGAUGCAUUAGCGUUCUUUUUACCUGGUGUUGUCAGUCAAUUUGCCAAAGUUCUGCAUGCCUCAAAAACAAUGACAAGUGGAGCUGCUGGAAGUGCAGAAGCUAUUAACCAAGCAAUUAGAGGUUUAGCUGAGUAUCUUACGAUUGUCCUUCAGGAUGAUGCUAAUAUAUCUAGCCUUGAUAUGUCAAUAGAUUUUGUUACUGACUUUAAUUCGAGUAAGUAUAAAUCUACACAAUCUUUUCUGGAGGAGCUCCGCAGUUUGCCAGAUAAAGCUCAAGAAAAAAGUAAAAUAUUAGCAGAAGAUUCAAGUGCCGAAGCAAUAAAAAUAGGUGCCCCCAAAUCUGGAGUCAUAGAGGAGAGGAGCACUAUUUCUGGAGAGGGCAUUGGAUCUUUGCGCGUGAAUCGUACAAAAGAUUGGAUUGAGAAAACUUCAGCACAUGUAAACAAACUUUUAGCUGCAACGUUUCCACAUAUUUGUGUUCAUCCAGCAAAAAAGGUGAGACAAGGACUCCUAGCUGCCAUACAAGGACUGUUAUUGAAGUGUAUUCACACGCUGAAGGAGAGCAGACUGGUGCUUCUGGAGUGCUUGUGUGUGUUGGUUGGUGAUGAUUCUGAUGAGGUGUCUAUGGCUGCGCAACAGUUCCUCAAUUAUUUAUUCUCAUUAAGUGGGAAAAAUUAUUUAGAACGUGAUGUUAUUGAGAUCUUUAGCAGGCUCAUUGAAAAGCUCCCAAAAAUGGUGCUUGGGAGAGAGGAAUCACUUGCAAUUUCACAUGCUCAGCAGUUACUCGUAGUAAUAUAUUUCUCUGGUCCUCAGCUUGUGGUGGAUCACCUCCUUCGUUCUCCUGUUGCAGCUGCUAGAUUUUUGGAUGUUUUUGCUGUCUGUCUGAGCCAGAAUUCUUUGUUUGCUGGUUCUCUUGACAAGCUUCUUUCAAGUAGGCAAUCCUCAGUUGGAUACCUUCCUUCUGUUUCUGAGUUGAAAGCUGGAACUGACUUUGCCAGUAAUUACCUGACUAUGGCGAGUCAGGCUCCAUCUGAAAAUUCAACGCUCAUGGUUACUCGGGACAAAGAUGUAGAUUACCCACUGGAAAUUUUACAGAAAAAUUUUGAGCUUCCCCGGAUGCCCCCUUGGUUUGUUUAUGUUGGCAGUCCGAAGCUAUACCAGGCUCUUGCAGGAAUCCUUAGGCUUGUAGGUUUAUCUUCGAUAGCAGACUUAAGGAGUGAAGGGCAUUUGUCAAUUAUUGCUGAUAUUCCGCUGGUUUACCUGCGUAAAUUGAUUUCUGAGAUUCGUGCGAAGGAGUACAAUAAUGAGAGCUGGCAGUCUUGGUAUAAUAGGACUGGUUCAGGACAAUUACUGCGCCAGGCAAGCACUGCUGUCUGUAUACUGAACGAGAUGAUAUUUGGUCUAUCAGAUCAAGCAGUUGACAUCUUCACAAGGAUGUUUCAGAAGUCAGGGGCAAAAAGGGAAGAGGUUCAGGAGUUGGAUGCAGGACUUGCUAAUGGUCAACAUAACAAAGUUGAAUGUUCUUUGGCUAAUGAAUCUGUCUGGAGGUCUUCUCUGGAUAAAGAUGUGAGGAGUCAAUUGAUUGAUUGUGUUGGUAGAAUCUUACAUGAGUACCUAUCUCCUGAAGUGUGGGAUCUUCCAGUAGAACAUAAAUCUUCUCUUAUACAUCCUGAUGAUGAAGCUGAAGAUAUAAGUUUACACUUCUUCCGAGACACUGCUAUGCUACACCAGGUUAUAAUUGACGGAAUAGGCAUCUUUAAUAUAUGCCUUGGAAGAGAUUUUGCUUCUAAUGGAUUUCUUCAUUCUUCUCUGUAUCUGUUGCUUGAAAAUCUUAUUUCUUCAAGUUUCGCGGUUAGGAGUGCUGCUGAUGUUAUCUUACAUGUCCUUUCAGCUACAUCUGGCUAUCUGACGGUUGGUCACUUAGUUUUGGGAAAUGCAGAUUAUGUGAUUGAUUCCAUAUGCCGACAAUUACGCCAUUUGGAUCUUAAUCCUCAUGUUCCAAAUGUGCUAGCUGCUAUGCUUUCUUAUAUUGGAGUAGCUCGCAAAAUAUUGCCUCUAUUGGAGGAACCGAUACGCUCCAUUUCAUUGGAACUUGAGAUUCUUAGCAGGAGUCAACACCCUGAUUUAACAGUUCCCUUUUUAAAGGCUGUAGCAGAAAUUGCCAAGGCAUCAAAGCAUGAGGCAUGCACGUUGCCCUCUCAGGCAGAGUCUUAUUUUAUGCAUGUGAAGUCGAUAAUCUUCAAUGUGGAGAAGAAUACAGCAAGAGAAUCCAAACAAUGCUCAAAAUCAUCUUUCGAUGACAAUAUUGUAGAGCAAUGGGAGAGCAUUUCAUUCAAGUUGAAUGACUCUAAAAGAUAUCGAAGAACAGUUGGAUCUAUUGCAAGUUCAUGUAUAACAGCUGCAAUCCCUCUACUAGCCUCUAUGAAGCAAGCAGCGUGCUUGAUUGCGCUUGAUAUAGUUGAGGAUGGCAUUGGAGCACUGGCAAAGGUGGAAGAAGCCUAUAAGCAUGAGAAGGAAACUAAAGAAGCAGUUGAAGAGAUGAUACGGUCGUGCUCCUUAUAUGAGAUUCAGGAUACGUUGGAUGCUGCUGAUGAAGGGACUGAUGAGAACAGGUUGCUUCCGGCAAUGAAUAAGAUAUGGCCCUUCUUGGUUGUUUGUAUUCAAAACAGAAAUCCGGUGGCUGUCAGGAGAUGUUUAGGUGUGGUAAGCAAUGUAGUACAAAUCUGUGGUGGAGAUUUCUUUUCACGGCGCUUCCAUACUGAUGGCGUCCACAUCUGGAAACUUCUAACCACAUCCCCGUUUCAGAGAAAGCCCAAUCUCAAAGAAAGAACUCCAUUACAACUGCCCUACAGAAGCACUUCUAUUUCGCCAGAGGACUCGGUGGCUGAAGGCACCAAUUUGAAAGUCCAAGUUGCAGUGCUGAACAUGAUUAGUGAAUUGUCAAAGAACAAAAGAAGUGCUUCUGCAAUGGAAGUAGUUCUCAAGAAGGUCGGCAGUAUUGUCGUGGGGAUAGCUUGUAGCGGCGUUGUUGGUCUGCACGAUGCAUCUGCGAAUGCCCUUGUUGGACUUGCAUCUAUUGAUCCUGACCUUAUAUGGCUUCUUUUAGCUGAUGUUUACUACUCUAUGAAGAAGAAACAUCUGCCUUCACCACCCAUCCCAGAUUUACCAGAGAUUUCUCAAAUUCUGCCUCCACCCUCUUCUCCUCGAGGAUUCCUUUAUGUGCAGUAUGGAGGGCAGACUUAUGGUUUUGACAUUGACUUUUCUUCUGUGGAAACUGUUUUUAAGAAACUGCAUUCCCAAGUUUUUACUGACCAAAUGUACAGCUAGGGGACUCGUUACUGUAAAUAGUUUUUGCAUCUCAACCUAGUUUUCCAUCUUAUUUCUUAUUUUAUUAUUACUAUUAUUAUUAUUAUUA